CUAAACUAGGUUAGGCUAUCCAGCGCAGCGCUUGCAACAGACGGGAGGCGGGAACAACUGUGUCACUUUUCUUCACGCAAAACUUCCGGCUCUCUGCCCCACCGGAUGACUGACCGUCCACAGUCGCCGUCAUGUCAAACAACAACGCCAGCGGUAACUUGGCCGUCGCGCAGAAGGCCGUCAAACAGCUGCGGCUAGAGGCGAGCGUGCGUCGGAUCAAGGUGUCGCAGGCCGCCACCGACCUGAAGAACUUCUGUCUGCAGAACGCCAACAAAGACCCUCUACUGAUGGGGGUGCCCUCCAGCGACAACCCUUUCAGACCUCCCAAAUCCUGCACACUGUUCUGAGCUGUCAGAGAGGACGAGGACGAGGCUGUGAUGAAGAGUGCUGUGCAGAUGUGAAGAUGUUUCCCUCCUCCCUACCCUCCACCCACCCCCUCUCUCUUCUCUCUUUCUCACCCUUCCAAGCUCCCUUUCUACUUCUCCCUUCUUCCCCCCCUCUCUCCCUCUUUUUGUUCUCUCUCUCUCUCUCUCACACAUUAAACACUACAAACACAUGCACAUAAUGAGAGUCACUGGUUGCAAGCGAGUUCAUCUAAUUAAGAGGAAAAAAACACUUAAAAAUGUGCAAUAACAGUGUCAUAGGAUACCUACAUAAACAACACACACCCCCAGAGGAGGAGAGAAGGAGCUUUGAUAUGUGUCACACACAGACACACACACACACACACACACACACACACACAAACAAGACACAUACACACACAUCGCACACACACCCAAAGGAGGAGAGAAGGAGCUUUGAUAUGUGUGUUUGUGUGUGGGGGAUUGGAGGGGGGGGGGGGAGUAUUCCAUGUAUAGUAAAGUCUAGUGAUUAUAUGCACACAUGGCAAAUUCAGAUUUUUAUUUUGAGGUAAUUUCACUUUUUUUUUUGCCUGGGAGUUGUUACAUUGCCCUAGAUAUGUUAAUUACAUAUAUAAUAUAAUUAUAUAUAGGCUAUAUAUAUAUAUACACAUAUGUUAUCUGGGUAAAAUCAGAAAUCAAAUCAAAUUCAAUCAGAAUUCCUCUUCUAGGAUGUUAUCACACCAAGAACGAUAACAAUAUCGAUUACUCAUGAGUUAACUUAUUUGGUAUAGGGCCGCUCACACCAAAAGCCAUAACGGUAACGGCAAUAAAGUAAAGUUCUAGCGAAUAUGAAAGACAACGUACACACAGAACGAUAAUUAUUGUGAUAAUGGCUUUAGCUAAUAUGAAUGAGAAUGUCCACACAUAACAUCAUUGUUGUUACAGUUCAUGUGUGUAUGUUGUCAUUCAUAUUAGUCAGAGCAAUGGUUUUUCGUUACUCAUUAUAGCUAGUGUCCAUGGUGUGAUCGGCCCUUUAGUCACUAAACUAUGUACUUGGAAUACCUCUCCAACUCAGCAUCUGGGUCCAGAUGUUAUAAAGUCUGCUGCUACCUCUGAAACACUACAUUACCCAGAAUUCAAAGUGCCUUGAUCUGUAUGGGUGGCCUUGGUCCACUUGGUCAUUUGUAGUCCGCCUUAUUGCCUAAUUUGUUUGGUUUAUAAGCAGCUGAACCCCAGACAGAGUGACUCAUCCCCUUUUGCAAUGCAAAACUUGCAUUCGUCCAUCACAGUCCUAUUCCUGUUAGAUUUCCAAUUUUCUCUUUUAAUUUUUGCGUUAUCUUUUUUUUUUUUUUUACUUUACUCUUCAGAGGUAUUUUAAGUUCAUCAAAGUAUUUGGGUUAACUUAUCAUUUUCCACAUUUCCACAAUGUUCUAAACUCAUUUAGAUUAGCAAAGGUACAUUUACAAGAGAAUGCUCUGUGCAGUUUUUGAAGCCUCCAUGUCUGAUAAAGUUUUCGAGUAAUAAAUUGCAGGAAGCUUGCCUUUUUAUCCCUUGGUACUGAUGAAAGUUAUCUUACUCUAUUAAAGUAAUUGGGGACAAGAAAAAGCCUUAUUCCUUUCUGUUUAAUGUUGGGGGGUUUUUAGGUACGCUGUAGUCUAGUUACAUUUUUGUCAUUAAAUUAGCUUUUAAUACUAAA